AUGUCUCUUUCUGCCUUUUUUGCACAGCCGUUCGGUGGGGAUCGUGGCGCUGUUGGCGUUUAUCGACCAUUCUAUCACUCACGAGCAAAAAAAAUCGGGCCAAUAGAUGCGAUGGAGAGCGAUGUUCUCCUUCGGGAGGGAGUAUUUUUGAAGUCGCUUAACGCGUUCGCAGCGUCCUGCCAAAAUAAAUCUAAUUGGUAUUUAAGGCGGGAGGGUAGACUACUGGACGGCAUUCACCUCCAGAACUACUCGCUUCAGACGCCACCUCCUCGAACUCACAAUGUGCUACCGACAGGUCAACAGCAUUAUGCACGUCUGUGGCCAUGGCCACCCUCAGUCAGACAUACGGGUGCGCCUCAGUCGAUUGCAAUUCCCCUACCUGCCGAUACAGUAGCAAUCAUGGUGCUGCUUAUUUUGACGGCCGCCCCUGGCUUUCACCUCAACCAUCUACUCCGAUUACGCGUGGAUCCCACCAUGGCCGACCUCCCUUCACUACUCCUCGCGUCGCUCAACCCCGACACCCGCAAGCAGGCAGAACAAAAUCUCACCGCUUUUAGCACACAGCCCGGGUUCCUGACCCACCUCCUGAGCCUUGUACUCGAACAGUCCCAAGAUCGCGCCGUAAGGCUGUCUGGAAGCGUGUACCUGAAGAAUCUCGCGAAACUUAGAUGGGAGGAGGACGUCCAACCCCUCAAUGAACAAGACAAAGCCACAUUGCGCUCGCAAUUAGUGCCUGCCAUGCUCACCCUGUCGUCCCCAGCGGACAAGGCUAUCCGUGCUCAGGUGGCAGAGUCCGUGUCCCUGAUCGCAGAGCUCGAUUUCCCGGCAAAGUGGGAGAACCUCAUUGAUCAACUGGUGUCGUCGCUCUCCGCGACCGACUACAAUGUCAACGUUGGCGUGUUGCAGACCGCCCAUUCGAUCUACCAGCAAUGGCGCGCUCAUGUCCGCUCCGACCAACUCUUCACCGAGAUCAACCUCGUCCUAUCCAAGUUCAUGGAGCCGUUCAUGCAGCUCUUUAGGCAAACCGCGGCUCUCCUUCUUACGAACCCUAGUCCGAACCCAACUCUCACUUCGCCCAAGGAGAAAUAUGUCGCUCUCGCACAGGUCAUGGUCCUACUUGUCGAUAUUUACUACGAUUUUACCUGCCAGGACCUGCCGCCGGCGAUCGAAGAUAGCCACGAAGAGUUCUUCGCGCCCGGGACCGGAUGGUUCCAGGCGUUCUUGCCAUGGGAUCCGGCUGACCUAAGAGGCGAUCCAGACGACACCACGCCUUCAUUGACCUCUCAAAUAAAGACAGGUAUCUUAGAGAUUGCUGAGCUUUUCAUCAAACUGUAUCCCGAACAACUACAAAAAACGCCCGCUGUCGAAACGAUCGUGCAAAGUGUCUGGUCCCUCAUUGGGUCCAACAAACUGCCGGGAGUCUCGGACGAUGCUCUUGUUUCCCAAUCCCUACGGUUCAUCUCAACAGCCAUCCGCUCCGGGUACUACAAGUCCCUCUUCUCCGCCAAAGAGACCAUAUCAUCCCUUGUCCAAGGCGUCGUAGUUCCGAAUGUCUCCCUACGCGAGCAUGAUGUUGAGCAGUUCGAGGAUGACCCGCUCGAAUUCAUUCGUCUCGACCUCGCGACCUCCUCCACCGGCCCUGGCGCGGAUCUGGCAACGCGAAGCCAGGCAGCGGCGGACGUCCUUCAGGCGUUAGUGCAGAGUGGUUACGAGGCUGAAACGACGGAGAUUGUCGGCGUGUGGGUCAACACUGGUCUAACGGAGUAUGCGGCCAAUAAAGAGGAGAAUUGGAAGGCAAAGGAUAGCGCGGUGUAUUUGUUAAAGGCUAUUGCGACGAGAGGGUCGACGACACAGCAUGGUGUGACGUCGACGAAUGCGCUGGUUGAUGUUGUCAAGUUCUUCUCCGAUCACGUUUUCGAAGACCUGCAGGCUGCCUCAGGAACGGUGCAUCCGAUCUUGCAGGUCGAUGCUAUUCGAUUUUUGUUGACGUUCAGGAACCAGCUAACAAAACCACAACUUCUCUCCGUUCUGCCCUUGCUUGCUCGUCAUCUCCGCUCGGAAAACUAUGUCACGUAUACUUAUGCUGCUAUCACCAUUGACCGUAUUUUGUCGAUAAGACAAGGAAAUCAGAUAUUGUUCGCCCAAGUCGACAUCCACGACUCUGCCUCCGACUUGCUCGAUGCACUAUUGUCUAAGGUCGAAGCAGCCCGCACACCCGAGAAGGUAGCGGAAAACGACCAUCUGAUGAAAUGUGCUAUGCGCGUCAUCGUCACAGCCCGCCAGACUCUGACCCCUACAUACGAGCAGGUGCUCAAUCGCCUCGUCACGAUCUUGGGCGUUAUCUCCAAAAAUCCCAGUAAUCCUCGUUUUGAUCAAUUUAUCUUUGAGAGCAUCUCUGGGUUAAUGAGGUUCGUUGUGGCUGGUUCUCCGACGACCUUGGCUACCUUCGAGCGAACACUCUUUGGGCCAUUUACCAUCAUCAUCCAGCAGGAUAUCGAUCAAUACAUACCCUAUGUCUUCCAAGUCCUCGCCCAGAUGCUUGAACUUCAUCGCGGAGGCGCACUGCCAGCCGAAUACAGAGGGUUGAUUCCCCUGCUGGUGACCCCUGCCGUGUGGCAGGAGAAGGGCAGCAUCCCGGGGCUUGUCCGACUCCUGAAAGGGUUCCUAGCUCAGGAUAACGUACAGAUGCACGGAGCAGGCCAGAUUGCAUCGGUCCUGGCGGUCGUGCAGCAGAGGUUGAUCCCUUCGAAGCUGCAUGAUGCAUGGGGUGUUGAAUUGUUGGAAUCUGUGGUUUUGAAUACGAGACCAGCUAAUCUUCAGCAGUACAUCAAGCCAAUGUUCAUGACACUGCUAACGAGGGCACAUGCGAACAAGACGGACAAGUUUUCGUAUCUGUUCGCCAAGUUCAUCCUGUACUGUACGGCAAUCAAGGUGGAUGGGUUGACUCCGGAUUAUUUCAUCAAGACUGUCGAGGAGAUCCAAGCAGGGCUUUGGUACCAGCUCCUCGUCAACUUCGCCAUCCCUCAAGCACCGAAAUUCCCGCACAAGGAGCGCAAGUUGGCAGCCGUCGGUAUCACGCGUAUUCUCUGCGAGAGUGAUCUCAUGGUUCAAGAACCAUCUGCACGAGCUUGGACCGACCUGUAUGGUGCUCUCGGGAAGCUCUUCACAGAGCCACAACAUUUUGAGAAAAAGGAGGAAGCAGAUGAUGUUGCGAUCACCGCCAUCGACUUUGAGGAACAAGCAGCUGGGUACCAGGCAGCAUAUUCCCGCCUGGCUGCUUCCGAGACAACAGAGCUCGAUCCUGUCGCCUAUGUUCAGAAUCCGAUGGAGUUCCUUCACCAGGGUCUUGGAAGAGCAAAGGCGAAGCACGGCCAGAUACAAGCUCUCAUGAAUGCGGUUCCUGGACGAAUCGGUUGA